AUGACAGAUAAAUUAACGGAGAUCCAGGCCGAUAUAGACGAUCUUGAAGGAGAAGUGGCGCGUCUUCAGCAAGAGUAUGAUCGUCUCAUAUCCAAGCUUCCGGGAGCCGCCACCAACGCGCCUGUAUCUAAAGUUACCCACGAGUUCUUUGAUGACCAGAUCGCGCCGUUACUCGGGGUGAUGGCGCCAGAAUCAAAAGCCAAUGAUGAAAACGAAGCCGUGUUCUAUCACAUCCUCAACGAAGCGUUCUAUCGGCUUGCUGGAGUGACAGCAUUCCCAAUCACCGACGAUACUGUGGGUAUCCGUUUUGAUAACUAUAACCUCAGAACAAAGAAGUUUGACAUUCCCCAUUAUAUGAUCUUAAGGUCAAUUACUGAUGAAAAACUGGCUACGCUGAAGUGGGUGGUCUACAAAAGCACCGUCCCCGAAUUUGUCCCCGUGUAUCAGUACGCUCGCCAACUUGAUGGUAGCCGCGAGCUGAUCGCGCGGUUUGCCGGGCUUGUACGCCAAUACUUAGUCCGGUGGCACUAUAAUAAAGAGAAGUUUCACCGUGUGUGUCGAGCUCUCCACAUCGGGGUGACAAUUGACCUUGCUGGUGCCGAAGUGAAACUUGGAAGAAAGUGUCGCCUAUUAUGUUCCAAUACUACCAUCGAAGUGGUCGAGUGUGACCAUCAAGAAGUGGUUCAAGCCCUCAGCAACACUCUGAUUGAAGACUUGGGCAAGAAUCUCCGUGGUGUCGCCCGCUAUCUCCGGUAA